AGAGAAAAUGUUUAUGAAAAUUUUGACGAAUUGGAUGAGGAUGACCCUUGGGCAUAUUUUAAAGAAUGGCAGGCUGCCCGUGGACCUCGAAAAUCUUAUGCAAAAUAUGAUCCUGAUACUCAAAGUAAUAAUAGUAUACCAAUUUUAAAACAGUUGGAGACAGUAAAUAGAGCUGAUGUAAUAUUGAAAACGAAUUAUAUCAACCUGGACGAUCAAGAAAUGCCACCAUCCAGUGAAAAAUUAGCAUCAUCAGCUGCUUCGUGGUAUGCAGAAGAUUCUGCAUUAGUUAGCGAGAGUGAGUCCAGCAUUCAAAGUAAAGAGUCUCAACCUCUUGAGGUCAGCACUUCGAAGGGCAAAAGUGUAGAAUGUAGUCUGCGGAAAGGAAGGGUGUGGAACAAGAGAGACCGCUGCCUAUAUUGCAGUUUGGACGUAACAAAUUUUUCGAGGCAUAUUUUUAGAAAACAUCCUAAAGAGGAUAGUGUUUUAAAAAUAACCAUGUUACCCAAAAGAGAUAUAGCUAGAAAGCAUAUGUUAGAUCUACUAAGAAAGAAAGGGAAUUUUUCAUAUUUGCAUGCAGCCGAUACCAUUAGACCUGUCCAGAGACCUUCGUCUUUUUCAAAUUCUAAUACUGUAUCAGCAGAUUACUUACCCUGUAUAUACUGCAAAGGUUUAUAUAAACAAAAAUCCCUGAAGCGACAUGCAAAAAAAUGUUAUUAUAAUAAGGAAAACAAAGCAGGAAUUAAAUAUGCAAGUGAAGGCCAAACCAUGCUUUCAUUCACAGAAUCUCGAAAGAAAUUUUUGGAUAAAUUAAGAUUGAAAUCUGAAAUUUUUAAUUCGAUGCAGGCUGAUCGAAUUUCAUUAAAUGGAAAGGGAGAUGUAAUUAUAUGCCAAUAUGCGGAAGAUUACUUAAGAAAGCAUAAAAGGCCCCAUAUAAGAAAUGCUGUUUCAAAUAAAAUUCGUGAAUUAGGCAGAUUGUUAAUUCCUCUACAAGAUUUGUAUGGCAUUAAUACUAUGAUAGAAGCACUUAAAGCUGAAAAUUUCGAUAAAGUUGUUGCAGCGACUCGAAUAAUUUCAGGUUAUGAUGAAGUUACACAUUCCUUUCAAGCGCCUUCUUUAGCAUUGCAUAUGAGAACCACAUUGAUGGCGGUAGCUGCAGUUGCAAAAUCCCUACUCUUUAAAAAGGACCCUAUUUUACCAGUUCAAAAUUAUGAAGAAAGUUUAAAAGAUGUUAAAAGAUUUAAUGAACUGGUGGACAAAAACUGGAAAUUUUCUAUGGGAUCGCUUGCUCUCAAAGAUCUCAACGAAAAGCAGUGUCUCAAACCACAAACAUUACCAGUAACUCAAGAUAUUAUAACGUUUAAGGAUUAUGUGCAGCAAGUGGCUGAAACCUCUUUGACAAAUUUAAAUAUAAAUUGCAAUGAUGAAAAAUCAUUUAAAAAAUUAACAGAAGCUGCUCUUGCCCUUUUAAUUGUAUUGAAUAGGAAAAGAGUAUGUGAUGUGCAGUACAUCAAAAUUGAAUCCUAUGUUAACAACUCUACUAACAGUAAUCAGGAAGAGUGUCUAAAUAUACUUAGUGAAAGCGAAAUUGCUCUUUCAAAACAUUUUAAAAGAAUUAUUACUAUUGGUAAAGGCAGCAAAGCAGUACCAGUACUUUUUUCAAAAAAUAUUCAAAGGUAUGUGGAUAGUUUGCUUUCUGUUAGAAACUCUACAGACAUCGUGCCAAAAGAUAAUCCAUUUCUGUUUGGUCUUUCGGGAAGUUCCUCAAAAUGGGCAGAUGGCUCAAAAGCUUUAAGAAAAUUUGCUGAGAAUUGUGGUGCUAAAAAUCCUAAAACUCUGACAUCGUCAAGAUUACGAAAACAAAUUGCCACAGUGUUGCAGAUCUUAAACUUAGAUGAAACUGAAAUGGAGCAAGUGGCCAGAUUCAUGGGCCACACAAAAAAAACGCACGAGGAAUUUUACCGAUUACCUCAGGAUAUUUUCCAGACGGCAAAAAUAGCAAAAUUGCUUUUGAUGAUGGAGAAGGGUGUUGGUGCUGAAAACAAAGGCAAAACAUUAAAUGAAAUUGAUGCGCAACUAGAAAUGUGGAACAAUCAAGACACACGAUUAGAAGAACAUGAUGAUAUAUCUAAUAUGUAUGCAUCAGAACCAAGUUGUAGUAAAGAAAUGGAUUCCGAUGUGUUAAAUAGAGAAGACCACGAACUCGAAUCAGAUUGGUCGAAAGAUAUCUUAGUGGAUCCAAACUGCAAUGAAGAAAACUAUGUCAACGCAAAUAGAGAUACUAAAGAGGGUUUGAACCCUGAAACAAUAAAAAAUGUUUGCGGCAACACGAAAAAAGAGAAAAUGCAUUACCGGGGGACAUGGACUGCAAAACAGAAGUCUGUUAUGUCUGCAUUUUUUAAGAGCCAUCUUAAAAGUAAAGUGGCUCCAAAAAAACAAGAGUGCUUAAAACUUAAAAAUGAGAGACCCGAUUUAUUCAAAGACAAGACCUGGGUCCAAAUUAAAGUUUUCAUUUAUAAUUGUUAUAGAGCGAUUUAACG